AUGGGCUGCGGGGCAUCCACCUCUAAACACGGCGCCGCGAGCGUCCUCACCGUGCAGUAUCAGGACUCGCCCGCGGCGCCCUGCGUCGACGCCAAGACGAUGCGACGAAUCCGUCGACGGUCGUGCGCGGUGCACAAGCUGUCCGUCUCGCCAGCCAAGUCCCAGCGGACCGUGACGCGAUUCGUCCCGACGCGCGACGAGGAAGACGGCGACGACGACGACGACGACGAGGCGUGA